AUGGCAUACGAGAGCAUCCCACUUGAAACCUUUCACGAAGCAUUCAAAUUUAACACUGAGCUCUCCAGUGUCGCACUGGGAGGAAAGGUUGUAAAAGUCUCGGAUGAAUUCUUCGCCGAGGCAUUUCACCUGCUUGAAGUCGAGCCAGCUCCCAGCCUCAAAGGGCAGUUCGGCCCUAAAGGCGCGUUGUACAGCGGCUGGGAGACACGGAGACAUAAUCCUUCCUAUGACUGGUGUAUUAUUAAACUUGGUACGUUGGGCACGAUCGUCGGAUUCGACAUCGAUACAAGUCACUUCAAUGGUAAUGAAGCUCCCGAAGUGUCCGUAGAAGGUAUUACGGACUCAUCAGUGGAUGAACACGACAUGGACAACGCAAAGUGGACCGAGAUAUUACCGCGUGUCCCUCUCGGGCCGUCCAAGCGGCAUCUUUUCAAGAUACCAGAGACUGAGCGAGUGAAGUUCGUAAAGUUAAACAUGUAUCCAGACGGUGGCAUCGCGCGUUUCCGAGUCUACGGUAACGUCGCUCCUGUGCAGCCUGACAGCACUCAAGAAGUAUUCGACCUCGCUCAUGUCUUCGCUGGAGGUCGCGUGUCAUUUAUGUCCGAUCAGCAUUUUGGUGUUGGCGCAAAUUUGAUUCUCCCAGGACGAGGUAAAGAUAUGGGCGAUGGUUGGGAGACUAAGCGGAGCCGGCAAAAGGGUCACAAGGAUUGGGUGAUCAUUAACCUGGGCGCACCGGGCCAUCUAAGAACAGUCGAAAUUGACACGGCGCAUUUCAAGGGCAACUUCCCAGAGAGCUGUGAACUCCACGCUUUGAAUAGCGAAGAGGAUGUACCGGAUAGCGAUGCUGCCGAUUGGACACAGAUUUUGUCCCCGGUCAAGCUUGGUCCCCAUCGGAGGCACUUCUUUGCACUGGAAGCAGAUGUUUCUGUUGCCUACACCCACGUGAAGCUUACCAUAUAUCCUGAUGGUGGUAUCAAACGCGUGCGAAUCUAUGGCACGAAAGGGCCCUGUCCUACAGACCUUGCGGUCAGACCCAAUGACGCAACAGAAAACGAUGCUGCUGCACCACUUGAGUCGGCACCUGUGGGUCUGAAGCAGGUCAAAACCAUACCUGUUCUCCCUCUUACACCAGAAGCCUUUUCGCCCUUUGGUCAAGUCAUCCAAGCGUAUGGCGACCAUGCCGCAGCUCCCCCCGGAACUAAGAUCACGCCUGCCAAUCAGGGAUCUGCAACCAAAUUCCAUAAGCUUUCACUUUUAGAAUCGUCGUAUCCGGCUAGUUUGGAGGCUAGCAGUGGGCUGUCUGUCUAUCGCUGCAAUCCGACAAAAGUUGUCAACGGUGGUGUAGAGCUCAAGGUCGUCGAGCGCCACCCAUAUACGAACCAGGCCUUCGUUCCUAUGGGAGGGGGAGGGAUACAGGGCGAUGAGGCGCUGAAGGAGCCAGGUAGUGCAUAUCUUGUGGUGGUUGCUCACAAUGGAGCCGACGACAGACCUGACUUCAAUAGUCUUCGAGCAUUCGUAGCGAGUGCAGGGCAAGGAAUCAUGUAUAACACUGCAAUUUGGCACCAACCGAUGACGGUGUUGUACAAGCCAAUGGACUUCACUUGCGUGGAGACACAAAUCGGGAACGGCGACAAGGCAGAUUGCGAAAUAUUGGAGUUGGAAGCUAGCGAAGUGGUCGUCUUGGCGCUUCCGCGUCACUAG